AUGUUGAGCCCCAUCCAGGUCCUGUGCUCCGACAUCACUACCCUUUCUCUGGAGCCCGAGCCGUUUGCCUCUUACACUGAAGCUGAUAUCAUCUCCACUGUUGAGUUCAACCACACAGGAGAGCUCCUGGCCACAGGGGACAAGGGGGGCCGAGUGGUCAUCUUUCAGAGGGAACCUGAGAGCAAGUUUGAGCCAUUCUCCCAGGGUGAAUACAAUGUCUACAGCACUUUCCAGAGCCAUGAGCCCGAGUUCGACUAUCUUAAGAGUCUGGAGAUUGAGGAGAAGAUCAAUAAGAUCCGAUGGCUGCCUCAGCAGAACGCUGCACACUUCCUCCUCUCCACCAAUGAUAAGACCAUUAAGUUGUGGAAGGUGAGUGAAAGAGACAAAAGGCCGGAGGGAUACAACCUGAAGGAUGAGGAGGGUCGCAUCAAGGACAUCUCCACUGUCACCUCCCUACAGGUGCCGGUGUUGAAGCCGAUGGACUUGAUGGUGGAGGUGAGCCCGCGGCGAGUUUUUGCCAACGCCCACACCUACCACGUCAACUCCAUCUCUGUCAACUCCGACUACGAGACCUACAUGUCAGCUGACGACCUGAGGAUCAACCUCUGGCAUCUGGACAUCACCGACCGCAGCUUCAACAUUGUGGACAUCAAACCAGCCAACAUGGAGGAUCUGACAGAAGUGAUCACAGCGGCUGAGUUUCACCCCCAUCAUUGUAACUUGUUUGUCUAUAGCAGCAGCAAAGGCACCCUGCGCCUCUGUGACAUGCGAGAAGCAGCGCUGUGUGACAAACACUCCAAAUUAUUUGAGGAGCCCGAGGACCCCAGCGCUCGCUCCUUCUUCUCUGAGAUUAUCUCUUCGGUGUCGGACGUCAAGUUUAGCCACAGCGGUCGCUACCUGCUCACCAGAGACUACCUGACUGCCAAAGUCUGGGAUCUCAACAUGGAGAGCAAACCCCUGGAGACAUAUCAGGUUCACGAUUACCUCCGCAGCAAGUUGUGCUCCCUUUACGAAAACGACUGCAUCUUUGACAAGUUUGAGUGUGCCUGGAACGGCUCGGACAGUGUGAUCAUGACUGGAGCCUACAACAACUUCUUCCGCAUGUUUGACCGGAACACCAAACGCGACGUGACCCUGGAAGCGUCCAGAGAGAGCAGUAAACCCCGAGCUGUCCUUAAGCCGCGGAGGGUCUGCGCCGCCGGAGGAAAGCGCCGGAAGGACGACAUCAGCGUGGACAGCUUGGACUUCACUAAGAAGAUCCUCCACACAGCCUGGCACCCGACGGAGAACAUCAUCGCCAUUGCUGCCACCAACAACCUGUACAUCUUCCAAGACAAACUCAACUCUGAGAUGCAUUAA